CACUUCCGGGAGGCUACCCUGUAAGUGGCUGUGCGGUGUGCUUCCGGCCGCCUUCGGGCUGCCGUCCACUGUGCCUCGGAGCUCCAGUAGCGGACACGGGGCAAGAUACGAGCAGCGCCCCGGAAGCCGCGCAGGUCUCUACAGCCAUGGACCGGGACCUUCUGCGGCAGUCGCUGAAUUGCCAUGGCCCGUCUUUGCUCUCCCUGCUGCGGAGCGAACAGCAGGACAACCCGCACUUCCGGAGCCUCCUGGGGUCGGCGGCCGAGCCUGCCCGGGGCCCGCCGCUCCAGCCCCAGUUACAGGGCAGAAAAGAGAAGAGAGUUGACAACAUUGAAAUACAAAAAUUCAUUUCCAAAAAAGCAGAUCUGCUUUUUGCGCUUUCCUGGAAGUCAGACACACCCGCAAAUUCCGAAGUUAAUGAAGACAGUGAAGAUCAUUAUGCAGUCAUGCCACCUUUAGAGCAGUUCAUGGAGAUACCUAGCAUGGACCGGAGAGAGCUGUUUUUCCGAGAUAUUGAGCGCGGUGAUAUAGUCAUUGGUAGAAUCAGUUCCAUUCGAGAAUUUGGUUUUUUCAUGGUAUUGAUCUGUUUAGGAAGUGGCAUCAUGAGAGAUAUAUCCCACUUAGAAAUCACAGCUCUUUGUCCUUUAAGAGAUGUACCUUCUCACAGUAACCAUGGGGAUCCUUUAUCUUAUUACCAAACUGGUGACAUCAUUCGAGCUGGAAUCAAGGAUAUUGACAGAUACCAUGAAAAGCUUGCAGUAUCUCUGUAUAGCUCAUCUCUUCCACCACACCUGUCUGGCAUUAAAUUAGGUGUAAUUAGCUCUGAAGAACUUCCUUUGUACUAUAGGAGGAGUGUUGAACUAAGUAGCAAUUCUUUAGAUUCCUAUGAAAAUAUCAUGCAGAGUUCUUUGGGAUUUGUUAAUCCAGGAGUAGUUGAAUUCCUUCUUGAAAAACUAGGAAUAGAUGAAUCUAAUCCACCAUCUUUAAUGAGAGGCCUACAAAGCAAAAAUUUCUCUGAAGAUGAUUUCGCUUCUGCAUUAAGAAAGAAACAAUCUGCAUCUUGGGCUUUAAAAUGUGUGAAGAUUGGAGUUGAUUAUUUUAAGGUUGGACGACAUGUGGAUGCUAUGAAUGAAUAUAAUAAAGCUUUGGAAAUAGACAAACAAAAUGUGGAAGCUUUAGUCGCACGUGGAGCCUUAUAUGCAACAAAAGGAAGUCUGAACAAAGCAAUAGAGGAUUUUGAGCUUGCAUUAGAAAACUGUCCUACUCACAGAAAUGCAAGAAAAUACCUCUGCCAGACACUUGUAGAAAGAGGAGGGCAGUUAGAAGAAGAAGAAAAGUUUUUAAAUGCUGAAAGUUACUAUAAGAAAGCUUUGGCUUUGGAUGAGACCUUUAAAGAUGCAGAGGAUGCUUUGCAGAAACUCCAUAAAUAUAUGCAGAAAUCUUUGGAAUUAAGAGAAAAACAAGCUGAAAAGGAAGAAAAACAGAAAACAAAGAAAAUAGAAACAAGUGCAGAAAAGUUGCGUAAGCUCUUAAAAGAAGAGAAAAGGCUAAAAAAGAGAAGAAGAAAAUCGACUUCUUCAUCUUCAAGUGUUUCGUCUGCUGAUGAAUCAGUUUCUUCUUCAUCCUCUUCAUCUUCUGGUCACAAAAGGCAUAAGAAACAUAAGAGGAACCGUUCAGAGUCUUCUCGAAGUUCGAAAAGGCAUUCAUCUAGGGCAUCCUCAAAUCAGGUAGAUCAGAAUAGAAUAGAUGAAUGCUACCCUGUUCCAACUAAUACUUCAGCAUCUUUCCUUAACCAAAAACAAGAAGUGGAAAAACUGCUGGAAAAGCAAGAUAGGUCACAAUAUCAAAAGACACAGGUAAAAGAGAAAGAAAGAUGCCCACUCUCUUCAUCUUCAGUUGAAAUUCCGGAUGAUUAUGGAGGUAGGUCUGAAGAUUCAAAAGAUUUUUAUAAUAGCUAUAAAACCCAGGCAAGUAGCAGCAAAACCGAAAAGCCAUAUAAAUCAGAAAGAUAUUUUUCUGGUAGAAGAAAUUCCUCAGAUUCCUCCUGUAGGAAUUCAGAGGACAAGACAAAAAUGUAUGGUUAUAGGAGGUUUGAAAAAGAUACAGAGGGAAGGAAAGAGCACUACAGAAGGUGGGAACCAGGUUCUGGGAGGUAUUCUACUUCACCAGCAAGCUCAGAAUACUCUUGGAAGUCAGUGGAAAAAUAUAAAAAGUAUACUUAUUCUGGAUCACGUGAUUUCAGUAGACAUGAGCAAAGGUAUCGAUUAAAUACAAAUCAAGGAGACUAUGAAAGACAGGACAAUUACGGGGAGGAAAACAAAACAGAGGUUCCAGAAGAAGAGGAACUAAAUAACAAAGAGCAAUCAGAAAGCAGAAUUAAAAAAGAUUUACCUCAAAAUCUUCUCAAUAUAUUUAAUCAGAUAGCUGAAUUUGAAAAAGAAAAGGGAAAUAAGCCAAAAAAUUAAGAUGCCAAAAAAUCAGCACCAUUAUACUAAAUGCUGUUAAUAAAAACUUUGGGGUGUUUUAGUUACUAGUAGUCCAGUGAAAAUAUUACAGAAAGCAAAUGCUUUUUAGCUUUUCUCAAAUUUUAUGUUUCAGUUGUAGGCCCCUUGUCACAGCUUGAUUUUUAGGAUUUUCAUAAGUUUAUGUACAGUAUAUUUCUUAUUCUGACAGUAUAAACCACUUCACCUAAAGGUAAUUCUCUGAAUGUAUUGCUGCUUCAUUGUAUUAUGGGGUAUGAGAAUUCCUGGGCUCACCUGAACUCACUGUUUGAAAAAGAAUUAAAUUUUGUGUAUUGAACACUUUGUUUUCAUCAAACAUUAUUUUAAUUUUUUUCUGUUAAAUUAAAAGCCCACAGUUUUUGAAAGAGGUUAUAUGUUUGGUCCUUGAAUACUAGUUUAUAUCCAUCAUUUGUUUAAAUUUUUUAAAUUUUAAAAUGAUGUCUUAAUUUCCCUCUAAGGCCUGAUUUAAUUAAAAUGGGGAAUGGUUUUUUCUAUCCAGCUUAGUGAGUACCUUAGAAAUAGGACCAUGAAAGCUAAAUAGGAGCCCACCUCACUGCUCUAUUUCAUCUUACUGCUAAUAUUACAGCCAUAAGUAAAUUUUUAACCUUAAAUAUUGGCAAGACUCUUAGAGACCAUAUUCCAAGUGACAGUAAAUAAGAAUAGAAAAGAAUCCUAUUAGCACAUAGAGCUAUGGCAGAGAAGCAUGCUCUAAAUGUGGUUUUCUUUUAGGGAAAAAAAUAUUGGGAAACUAUUUUAGUACUGCAAAUGUUCAGUCAAGAAGGCACUAGGCAUGUUUUUAAAUAAGCUAGAGCUGGCUUGCAUUUAUGCUUUUAACUACUUCCUUGAUGCUUCCCCAGUGUCUCCUUUCUCAGGAUCUGAAUAAAUAACUUGACCAGCCAGAACCUGGCUUUACUCAAAUUUCAGCAGGUAGAGUUUAAAGAAGAAACUUGAAUUGUAAAUAGCUUCCCAGAUUUACUGAAAACAGUAUAGUGUACUCUUGGGAGAUACACAUAGAAAUCACAGGUGUUGGGUGUAUAAUAACUGUAGAAACUUUCCAAAAUAAGAUGUCACAAGCUGUCGAUCACAUGGGCUUUGAAUCCUGUUAUUCAUGAAACUAGGUGUUACAGGUGGAUAGGUAAACAGGUAUCCAUCUACAAAGGUCUACAUGAGGUAGAAUGAGAAGAAACUUGCAUCUCCUUAUUCCAUGUUGCAGUUCUUGCCAACAGUAAAAUACCAGAAUUUUAAGUUCUGAGCUUACUAUUUAUGUCCUUCAAACUCCAGUGAUGGGAACCUCAUGGAAAGUCUAAAAUUUGAAAAUUUGUUUUGCUAGGAAACAAGGAAAAGAAACCCUUGUCAGAAGCAAUAGAAAGUGGAAAUACAAAUGUGUCAGUUACUUAGGCAUUAUUCCUUGCACCCAGAAACACAUCUUAAGAUGAGUCUUCAUUUCUGUGUAUCAAGAACUUGGUGUCAUCUACCUAGUGAUGCUGCUAAAGAGUGAUAACUGCCUGGUGAUACAGCCUUUACCUUUUGGAAUGCAUAAUACAGUUUACUAUUUUACAUACAUUUUAUCACAAACCAUUUUAUUUUUUAAGCUUAUUUAUUUAUUUGAGAGACCGAGUUACAG